AUCAUUGUCCGUACAUUAAUUUCUGUGCGCUUAUGAUUUGCCGGAACCUUUUUGUGGUGGGACGUGCUUCUCACAGCAUCCGCCGCGAUGAGUUUCGAGUGGCCGUGGCAGUAUAAUUUUCCUCCUUUUUUCACGCUUCAACCCAAUGUUGACACGAGACAGAAGCAGCUGGCGGCGUGGUGUUCGCUGGCGCUGACUUACUGCCGCCAUCAAAAGCUGUACACUCUGGACGUGAUGGAGGCACAGGAGAGCCCCGUCUUCAACAACCGCAAGAUUAAACGAAAACUGUCCAUGGAAGCAAUUCAAGUCGUGUUUGAGGAGUUGAGGAAAAAAGGGAAUCUGGAAUGGCUGGACAAGAACAAGUCAAGAUGUUUAGUGAUGUGGAGGCGGCCCGAGGAAUGGGGCAAGCUUAUGUAUCAAUGGGUAUCGAAAAACGGAAUGAACAACACAGUUUUCACGCUGUACGAGCUCUCCAACGGUGACGACACAGAGGGCGAAGAGUUUCACGGCUUGGAAGAGUGGAUGCUGCUGCGCUCACUGCAGACACUGCAAACGGAAGGCAAAGCCGAGCUCAUCAGCAUGGACGACGGCAAAGGCGUCAAAUUCUUCUGAGGACGAGAGAUUUUUGGAUAGCGGAGGGUCCGCCGCUAUUUUUGUCAUUGUCUGCCACUGCAUCUGUAUUAUUUUUUUUUUUUCACCAGAAUGUUUUCAGUCAUUUUGAGGUAACUAGACAAGUUUUAAAAUUAUGUCUGAAAAUCGUCUUGCAAAAAGGCGUGUAAAUGACACUUGAACAAAUGCUGCUGAAUCAACUCAGCCCAAUUUGUUAUUAAUAACAAUUUUAGGGGACAGUUUUAAUGUGACACUAUCCCAGAAAUAAUCCACAAUCAACCUCUUCCCUCUUCCCCUCAUAUCAUGUGUACAAAUAAAUAAAUAUGACUACUUUGAUAAAUUGGA